CUGGUUUGGCUCUAGGCAGCUGCGCCUUGGCCCGUGGAGGUGCUGGAAGUCGAGACUCGGCAGCUCUUGCUUUCGGCACUUGGGAAUGGCGUUUUGGUUGUGCUCGAGUCGUCGCGAGGACUUCUCCGCUUCUGGGGGAAGGAGCGAAGGAAAACCGUCGCCCCGCCGAAAGUCGGCGCCACUUUUAGUGUCCGCGUGCCGAAUGCUAGCGUCAGCCACAGCACGUGGCUGAAAGCUUCGUCCUGAUGGCACUAUGUCUUUACCGUGUGUGACAUGAGCGGAGGAGCAGUAUUGGGCAAUGUGCCUGGACUGUCCGUGUGGUCAUCUGCAUUGUGUGCCGACAGGAAACAAGGCGGGAUGGGACUGACACGAGGCUACGAUCAUCAUGGAUUACGACUCUGACGACUCCGAUGCGCAAUCCGCCUCUCCUCCUGCAUCUCCCAGCGCCAGUCUACACGCCCUUCCAUCCGUGGAACAGCUCGUUCACCACUUUGCCGCUGCCAAGCGCUCCCUCACUUCGACUCAGUACAUCUGGCGCGCGAACGAGCUCGUCACCAGCUCCCGGACGUUAUUGGAAGAGAUUGGAGUCCUCAAUGCUCGCAAUGCAUUCGUACGCCGGACGGUAGAUGGACAGCUCGACACGUUGGAGGCUGUCAAGAACAGCAUUUCUGCGGUUGGCGAGGAGAUUGGCGAAGAGUUUCAACGGACUAUCGAGAGACUUGAUGUGGCCAACGAUCGGCUGGAGAGGACGGUGAAUGAGCUUCGAAAGACGGUGGUGGAUAACUCGCUGCGAAACACAUCUGAAGGACAGGGUGACGACGAUGAAAGGACGCUCUUCGACUUCAUCGACGAUACCAAUCACACCGAUCUCCAAACCUCUCUGCGUGCGUUGAUUGACUCCUUUUACGAUUCACGCUCUGAGCUGGACGAAAGCGUGGAGAAGCUCAAUGGAUCUCUGAGGACCAUCUCGAAUCUCAUAACCAACGAAAAUCAGUCGAAGCUGUCUCCUGAUAUCGGCACCAUCUACGACGAGCCACCUCUCAGCAUGUCUCAAAUUUUCCGCGGAAUCGAAGACCAUGCAGCGGAAAUGGCCACUCUGCUUGAGAGUCUUGUCAAGCACUACGACCUAUGUGUCACUGCCCUGAAGCAUACGGAAGGUGGGGGAGCAGCGGCCAAGAAAGCUGUGCUGCAGGCGGAUGAGACGGCGGUGGAGGAUGCCAAUGUCGUCGAGCAGAGCCUUUAUCUGAAGACAGCGCCAGAGCCCAUUUCCGAGCAGGAGCGGAGUGAUAUGCUUCGCGUGCUGGAGAAUGAUGCUCAGGAGGUAGACGACGUGGCUGGCGAGAUCAAGGAUCGAAAUUUGGAGCAAGAGGGCCUGUACGAGCAACUCACACGACACGUGAAGAGUGCGAGAGCAACGGACGGGAGAAUUCGACAAGUCCUCGUGAUGCUGCAUGAGAUGAAGGAAGUCAUCCUACCAUCACACGUUCAUGCCGUCGAUACUUUCAAAUCAUCGUGGCAACGUAUCCAGGCGACGAUCAACUCGCAAACGGCUGAGCUCUCUUCCCUUAGCGCUUUCUACGAUGGGUUUCUCACUGGGUACGCGAAGCUGUUGCGCGAGGUCGACCGACGGCGAGAAGCGGAGAGACAGACUUUGAAAGUCGUCGAGAAGGCCAAGAAGGACUUGAACAGGCUGUUCGACGCUGAUCGAGCUAUGAGAGAGGAGUUUAUGGAGGAGACGGGCAACUUCCUCCCGCAAGGCAUCUGGGAUGGAUUGACGGAAGAGGGGACAAAGUGGGAGAUACGAGAGGCGGACAGGGAAUAAUUCAGAAGACACCCAAACGCUAGCUCAUGCCGCCCAACUCCAUCGCUAAAUUUGAUGUCCCAUCACGAG